GGCGGCAGUGACAUGUCCAAGAAAAAAGGUCUGAGCUUUGAGGAGAAGAGAGCACGCAUGAUGGAGAUCUUUUUUGAAACAAAAGAUGUGUUCCAGUUGAAGGAUAUAGAGAAGAUUGCUCCGAAAGAAAAAGGGAUUACCUCGAUGUCAGUGAAAGAGAUUCUACAAAGCCUAGUUGAUGAUGGCAUGGUGGACACUGAUAGGAUUGGAACUUCCAAUUAUUUCUGGGCUUUUCCAAGUAAAGCUCUUCAUGCCAGGAAGCGCAAACUGGAAGAAUUAGAGUCUCAGGUUGCUGAAAGCAGUCAGAAAAAAGAAGCUUUACAAAAAAGCAUUGAGAAAUCAAAAAUUGGACGUGAAGAUACUGCUGAACGUGCAGCUCUGACACAGGAACUUGCUGCCCUUCGGCAGAAAAAAGAGCAGCUAAAGGCAGAAAUAGAAAAAUACAAAGAAUGUGAUCCAGACGUCGUGGAAGAAAUGCGCCAGACAAACAAAGUGGCCAAGGAGGCAGCGAAUAGAUGGACUGAGAACAUCUUUUCAAUAAAGUCCUGGGCCAAACGUAAAUUUGGAUUUGAAGAGAGCAGAAUUGACAAAAGUUUUGGAAUCCCAGAAGACUUGGAUUACAUUGAUUAACCUUCAGCAAUUGAUGGCAGACGCACUGUACAUAGCUUGUUAAAUAGUCUCAGUUGGCAUUUAAAUGUGUAUCUGAAUCCUCUCCAAACACCUGUCCACCCUUUAAUUUGCAGUUUCUGUUAAGUUAAUACAGUU